AUGAAUAACUUUUCGAUCUGGGAGCAGCUGCCGGCUGAGGGCCCAUCAGCGUUUUGUGGCCAGACGCCCAAUACUCAGGCCGACUUUUACAUUAUUAGGGGAUAUUUCCGCACGUAUAUGAUCCCCGAGACCAUCGACAUAUCCAUAGUGUGGCACCAUGCGCCCCCUGGAUAUGUUUACAACGACAAACGCGCGGGCAUAAUCGCCGGCAUGACUGUGGUCAUGCUGAUUAUGAUUGGCAUAACUACGGCGAGGUUACUCGCCAGGAUACUAGGAAAGAAUACCGUUUUUGGGUUAGACGACUAUGUCAUAAUUCCUGCCGCGGCGCUCGCCAUAGCCUAUCCUGUGUUGCAGAUCCUGGGGGUCGUCAAGGGCGGCGCCGGGCGGCACUCUUGGGACAAUACGUACGAGGACCUCUACAACUUCUACUACUACCUGGACACCUGCACCAAGCUGUAUUAUGCCGACGUGGCCCUCGUCAAGAUCUCGAUCGCGCUCUUUGUGCGCCGCCUUGCCAACCACGCCUCUCGGGGAUGGCGCAUGGCCACAGACGUCUUCCUCGUCACCGUCGUCGGCCACCUCGUGGCGUGCCUCCUGGCCAACAUCUUGCUGUGCGACCCGCCGCGCGCCGGCUGGGACUUGAAGUUUGCCGGGCGGCUCGAAACGGCGGCCCGCUGCGAGUGGUGGACCACGAGGUUCAAGAUCCUGCACUCGAUCCACGUCGCCCAGAGCAUGAUGCUGCUCAUGACGCCCGUCGUCAUUCUGUGGAAGGUGCAGAUGGACACGGCCAAGAAGAUCCGGCUGUUCGUCAUCUGGGUGGUCGGCGCCACGUCCGUCCUGGGCGGUCUGAUACAGCUGCUGCUCGGCGCCAUGGGCGACGACGACGACGUCUUCAUGGCCUACACCACGAUCCUGCAGUGGACCGUGCUCGACCUGUCCAUGGGCGUGGUCGUCGCGUCACUGCCAGUACUGGACACGGUGCUCAUCGGCGGCUGGCGCCGGGCCACGUCAAGGAUCGCCAGGCUGAGAGGCAAGUUCAAAGACUCGAGCUCCAACCUCGAGACCGGGGGCCGGGGCUCCAGCAGCAGCACCCCAGGCGGCGCAGGUAGCCAGGACCGAACGCUUCUCGGCGGCGGCGGCGGCCGUGGCGGCGGCGAUAGCAGCCCCACUUCUCGGCACAGGUUGAGCAGUAUCCCAGAUCAAUUUGAGCCGAUCGAGGCUGUACUGCUCCCGAUUGAUGCGGCCAGGCUCGGGACGGACAAGGAGUGCGCCUCAUACGAGAUGCCAAACUUGUCCCCCAGAGAAACGGCCGAUACCGGGGUAGAACUGGGAGAAACCCCAAACAAAGAAAAAUAA